AUGGAGUUGAGAAAGCGUGCGAGGGUGGACUACCGGAAACCAGAUUCUCGGGAAUCGAGGGCUCAAACCAAAAAGAUUGAAGAGGAUGCAGCAGCAGCAGCAGCGGCAGCGGCACCUUCGCAGACGAAACGGAAGAAAGUGACGAAACCAGUGGCAGUGCCUGUGCCGGUUAAGAAGAAACGUCCACACCGCGGUGUCAGGAAACCUGCAGAGAACAGAAACGCGAGUAAGUCCGCUUCAGAGGAGCAAAAGAGGAAUGUGAUGGAACAUUUGACGUUGCGGAGACCUGCUAUGAAAUCUGCAUUGGAUCUGCCCCAGGGAUGCCUGCAGCCCGUGCCAGAAUGGGAGUUGCACAGACAGAACCUAAAUAAGUCGAUCCACCGACAGAACCAACUGUUCUACGCUGGGCUGAAGGAACCGAAGCUCAUGGGGAUGAAGCAUUUGGAAAACUUGAAAGUGCCCAACGACAUCCACAUGCUGGCAAAGAUAUCCCAGGGGUUACAGGAGAUGAUACAGAUCCGGGAAUCAUUAGAGAGGCAGAAGACACUGCCGCCGAUGCAGACUGCCCCAGAGAAAGGGAUCAGAUCACAGCAGCUGGUGCAGCUGCUCCUCCGUGGGGUUCGUUUCAGGGGAAAAAUAGAAGAAGCCACGUCCUUAGUCGCACAAUUACACCAAAUCGACACAUCUUACGUUAGAGACGUCAGGUUGGGGAACCUCCCGAACGCCGGUACCAUCGACCCGAACUACAUCAACUUGAACGAGUUGAAGGCGAUCGGCAAAAGGAUAGACAGACCCUUGCUAAAAGAGAGGAAUAAUAACCUAAACUGGCCUCAGAGACCCAAAAAGAAGCAGAAAACAACCCAGAACUGGAACGACAUGCAGACGGCACAGAAAUUCGCUAAAGUCUCACUGUAUAACAUUGUAUAG